AUGGACGUUUCGGGGCAGGAGACCGACUGGCGGAGUGCCGCCUUCCGGCAAAAGCUGGUCAGUCAAAUCGAGGAUGCCAUGAGGAAGGCUGGUGUGGCCCACAAUAAAUCCAGCAAAGACAUGGAGAGCCAUGUGUUCCUGAAAGCCAAGACCCGGGACGAAUACCUCUCUCUUGUGGCCAGGCUCAUUAUCCACUUCCGAGAUAUUCAUAACAAGAAGUCGCAAGCUUCUGUCAGUGAUCCCAUGAAUGCUCUGCAGAACCUGACAGGUGCCCCUACUGCCGGAGCCACUGGGAUCAGCAUGGCUGCUCGAGGCCCAGGCCAGCCCCUGGGCGGGAUGGGAGGCCUGGGCACCAUGGGACAGCCACCUCCAGGAACCUCCGGUAUCCCUCCCCACGGCAUGGCUGUUGUGUCCACAGCAGCUCCACAGACCCAGUUGCAGCUCCAGCAGGUGGCAUUACAGCAGCAGCAGCAGCAGUUCCAGGCGCAGCAGCAGCAGCAGUUCCAGGCGCAGCAGAAUGCCAUGCAGCAGCAAUUCCAAGCUGUGGUGCAGCAGCAGCAGCAGCAGCUCCAGCAGCAGCAGCAACAGCAGCAGCACCUCAUUAAGCUGCAUCAUCAGAACCAACAACAGCUCCAGCAACAGCAACAACAGCUGCAGCGGAUGGCACAGUUGCAGUUGCAGCAGCAGCAGCAGCAACAACAGCAGCAGCAGGCUCUGCAGGCCCAGCCCCCCAUGCAACAGCCCCCCAUGCAACAGCCGCAGCCCCCACCCUCCCAGGCGCUGCCCCAGCAGCUGCAGCAGAUGCACCACCCGCCUCCCCAGCAGCCUCCUCAGAACCAGCCCCUGCAGCUGCCGCCACAGAACCAGUCUCUGGCAUCACAGGGGCCAGCCCUGCCGGGACAGAUGCUCUAUGCCCAGCAGCCACUGAAGCUGGUCCGAACUCCGAUAGUGGUGCAGCCGCCGCAGGUGCAGCCCCAGACAACGGUGCAGCCACCUCAAGCCGCCCAGAUGGUCGCUUCCGGAGUCCAGAUGAUCACCGCAACCAUGGUCCAAGGCGGGAUGCAAGUCAGAGCCCGGUUCUCGCCCUCCACCGCUGUGUCGGCCACACCGCCAGGCGCCCUUCCCUCGGGUGGACAACCCCCGGCUCAGGUCAGCCAGAGUGGCCUCCCCAUGCUGUCCUCGCCAUCGCCUGGCCAGCAGGUACCGACUCCACAGUCGAUGCCCCCGCCGCCCCAGCCCUCUCCACAGCCUGGUCAGCCGGGCUCUCAGCCCAACUCCAACGUCAGCUCCGGCCCUGCCCCGUCCCCCAGCAGUUUCCUGCCCAGCCCAUCCCCUCAGCCUUCUCAGAGUCCCGUCACCGCACGCACCCCUCAGAACUUCAGCGUCCCUUCCCCUGGGCCUCUGAAUACCCCAGUGAACCCCAGCUCCGUUAUGAGUCCGGCCGGCUCCAGCCAGGCCGAGGAACAGCAGUACCUGGACAAACUGAAGCAGCUCUCCAAGUACAUUGAGCCACUGCGGCGCAUGAUCAACAAGAUCGACAAGAACGAAGACAGGAAAAAGGACCUGAGUAAGAUGAAGAGCCUCCUGGACAUCCUGACAGACCCCUCUAAGCGGUGUCCCCUGAAGACACUGCAGAAGUGCGAAAUCGCCCUGGAGAAGCUCAAGAAUGACAUGGCCGUGCCCACACCCCCACCACCCCCGGUGCCGCCGACCAAGCAACAGUACCUGUGCCAGCCCCUCCUGGAUGCUGUGCUGGCCAACAUCCGCUCGCCCGUCUUCAACCAUUCCCUGUACCGCACGUUCAUGCCGCCCAUGGCAGCCAUCCACGGCCCCCCCAUCACGGUCCCUGCGGUGUGCACCCGCAAACGCAAGUUUGAGGAGGAUGAGCGGCAGAGCAUUCCCAAUGUGCUCCAGGGCGAGGUGGCCCGGCUGGACCCCAAGUUCCUGGUGAAUCUGGACCCUUCUCUCUGCAGCAACAACGGCACCGUCCACCUGGUGUGCAGGCUGGACGACAAGGACCUCCCGAGUGUGCCACCCCUGGAGCUCAGUGUCCCCGCCGACUACCCUGCCCAGAGCCCACUCUGGGUGGACCAACAGUGGCAAUACGACGCCAACCCCUUCCUGCAGUCAGUGCACCGGUGCAUGACCUCACGCCUGCUGCAGCUCCCGGACAAGCACUCCGUCACAGCCCUGCUCCACACCUGGGCACAGAGCGUUCACCAGGCCUGCCUCUCGGCCGCCUAGUUGCUCCCAGGCCCGCCGGCCUCCUGCCAAGACUGCUGGUGACUCCCUGGGCCCAUGCUGGACAUUUCUAGAUCUUGGCUCCUUAGAGAGCCUGGGUUAGGUUAGCUUUCCUGCUUUUAUCUUCUGCCUUGGGACCAACCAGACCUUAACCUACACUCCACCUAGUGGCUAUGGAGCCGUCCGAGCAGGGGAGGGGCUGGCUGUCCUCUGUCUGGCGCAGCUCAGCCACCCCUCCCUCGCUCGGUUGGUUCCAGCCACAGCCUCACCUCCUCUCAGCACAGAACUCAGGGUCGCGUUGAGCGUGCCCCCUGCCGCCACAGGACGCAGAGGAAGAACAUAGGAAGUCCUUCCCCACAGAGCUCUGCUCCCAGCUCCAGGUGUGGAUCCUGGGGAGCAGGCUCCACCUUGAGGGAGAGGCCUGACCUCGCUCUGGACCUGUUUACCGCCCACCUCACCCCCGCGCAACUUGGAGCAGCAGGGGCACCCGGGGCCUCUGAGUGGGGCCCAGGCUCCCAAGCUGGAUGGAGGAGGACGAUGACAUGCCCUGCGGCUGAGUGCAACAUGGGGUGGAGCCAGUGCUGGCCAGCUAGCUGGCCCGCCUGCCUGGACAUAGGAACAGCCCACCUUUUGUAUGUGCGCUACUACGUCCUCCGUGGUUCUUACAAUAAAUUCAUUACUUCUGCGCCGGCGCCAUGAGUCAGCAUAGCGUUCAAGUGGACAAGUGAGAGUGUGCUGGCCUGCACAUCUCCUUAUGAAUGCCAGGGAACCCUGAGGACAGGCAGGGCGUGCUGGACGACUUCCUACAGAGCCAGGGAAGCCGACCAAGGAGGUGAAUGAGUUAAAGAAACAAGGUUUAAUUUCCAUCCUAUCUUACUGUGCUUCUGUGACUACGAGGGACCGUUAAAUCUGAGCAAGAAAAUAAAGGGAAUUCUCAGUGA